AUGAACAGAAUAUUGAUCGCCGGUAAGGUAGGUGUGGAUAAGGUGCGACUUGUCCAGCACGUGUUCUCCGUCGAAGAUAAAGACCUGACAAAUGAUGUAUCUCAAAGUGGUAUUAUCGUGGACGAUGUUCCGAUUGAAACGAAGUAUUAUAGAACAUCGGUCUCUAUUUUCGUAGAUGAAUUCGAGUCUGCUGAGGAAUGGUUUAACGAGCUUAAUACCGCAGAAGCCAAAAUACUCCGAGAAGAAAUACAAGGGCUAGUAAUUUGUAUUGAUCUACAAUCCACAAGCAACGAAGAAAUCGAAGAGAUUGAACGACAUCUAGAGCGCCUAGCGACUAAGUUGGACGACGAAUAUACUGAAGAUUUUGGAGAGCCCCAGUGGGAUGGAUUUAAGAUUGUCGUUGGAUUCAAUCCGCUAGAAACCGAGGAAUUCUAUCAGGAUAUGUUCAUUAUGUCAGGGUUUGAGUAUAUUACUUAUGAUCAAGAACAGAUCCGUGCUUCAGUUCAAGCACAUAGAUGGAGAUCUUUACAACAGCGAACACAAGCAAGCAAACCACUUAAAACUGCUGUUGAUUACACGCAACCUUUGCUGGAUCGCGAUAGUGAGAAGUUUUUAGACGUUUUUCAGCUUGUGGAAAAAAUGAAACAGGCGCGUAUUGACGCUUCCCGUCUUCCCGAAGAACAAAAGCAUGAUUUUGCGCAGAGAAUGUCCGAAAAUAUACUCGACUACUUUGAAGAUGGUAAAAUAUAA